GACUUGAAAAUUUCACUUUCUUGAGGUAUUUAUUUUCCUCUCUUUCAUCCACAUGAUCUUAGAAAAAACACCCUCUUAAUUUGCAUCUUAUAAUUUCAAUUAUUCUUUUUGUAAUUUAUCAUGGCUAGUUUGAAAUCAGGGGUUCUUGUAAAGUUACUUGAAGAAAUGAAAAUGGUUGAAAAUACGAUAGUCGAAGAUCGAAAACCAAUCUUGUUACAAAUCAGAAGCAUAAUUCCUGUUCUUGAAGAAGGUAAUCUCUUGCUGCCUAACAGAGGAUUUUACCUCAAGAUUUCAGAUGUAUCACACGCAAUUUAUGUCACAUUGCCCCAAAACCAAAAUGAGUUGAUUUUAGGCAACAAAUUAAAACUAGGACAAUUCAUUUAUGUACAAAAAUUAGAGGAUGCAGAACCAUUUCCAUUGCUCAAAGAUUUUACGCCUCUCCCUGGUAGACGUCUGUGUGAUGGAACCCCUGAAGAAAUUGGUAAGGUUCCAAAAUUGGAAAAGAAUAUUCUUGAUGGAUCAAAUUCUGAUUUUAUCGUCGAAAAGGGUGUUAUUUCUGAAGAAAAUAUUAUGGAUAUAUCGUCUUGUUUAAGAAGGUUGUCUUUAGAGUCAUCUGAUGUAGAUGAAGUGAGGAAAAAAAGUAGUAAUACUAAUGUUCUUGACGGAAGUAGUAAUACUAAAGGGAAGUUUAGGUCCUUGAGUGCUUCGAGAACUCGUCCAGGAGUUAAAAGAUCAGGUGAUGUUGAUAGUAUGAGGUUAGAUGGUAGGUGUAGGAGAAUGUCUAUUGACAAUGAUAGCGAUACAGAUAGCACGAUAUCUUCAGUUUCAUCAUCUACAUGGACUUCUAAGAGGAAAAGUUGGAAUGAGUUAAAAAGUUUGGGAGCUGAGGAGAUUUUUGAUUCUUCAGUUGUCAAACACAAUAUCAGACCACCACGUUGUCGUAGUGCAACUGUUUCACCUGUUCGUUCUACCAAAUAUGAUAGCUCAGAUGACAAUUCAAGUUCACUAUCAAGAAGAAAGGUUGUUAAUGUUGCGAAGAAAACAGUCAAGGCUUCAGCUAAGAGCAAGAAUUCUGUGUCAAAGAUCAACUGUGAACAAACCAUCCGUCCAAUUAAAGGAUUAGUAUUUGACAGACAAGGGGCAGAAAAUGGAAUUUCAUGGGAUUCACUCUCCUCGAGUUUGGUGGAGCUUGGGAAGGAAGUUGUAAAGAAAAGAGACAUUGCUUUGUUUGCAGCUGCUGAGGCUUUGCAAGAAGCUUGUGUAGCUGAGAGGUUGCUCAAUGCCUUAAGCAAAUUCUCCGAGUUUCAUUUACCUGAAGAAGAUGAUCUACAGCCUUGUAUUGAUACGUUUUUGGAUCUUCAAGAUGAUAUGGCUCAAACAAGACUAAUAAUGAAGUGUCUAACAAAUAUAAGUCCAUCGAGAACAGAAGAAACUGAUUCAAGUAGCAGCAGUGCAGAUACUGAAGCAUCGGCAAUCACAGUGCAAAGAAAGAAAAAUGCGACUACAUGGAUAAAAUCAGCUGUGGCAUUAGAUCUUUCACUAUCAUCCGCUGCUCUCAAUCCAAUUCCUAACAGUAGGAACAUCACCAAUACAUUGAAAAAGUCGAUUACAUCGAGUGACAGUACCAAACAAAAAGGCACAAUCAUUGUUAAAACUGAUCAUAAUAAGAACACUGAUGACAUUUCUCCUGUAUUGACAUCUAACAAUGACACGCAACCUGAAUGGACGAGGGGUAGCACUAUCGAUGCAGCUACUCACCUAGCUUCUUCGUUGUUGGACGAGUGUAGAAAAAGGUUUUUGGGAUACAUAGAGAAAUAUAUCAAUGAACUCGAAAGGAAAAUGUCUUUGAUGGUAUCAGAUAAUCAGGUAGCAGCAAUGAUGUAUAAAAUCAAGAGAGUAAAUGACUGGUUAGAUUUGAUCAUCAACAAACAAGGUUCAAAUUUGGAUGAGUCAGAAAUUGAAACAUGUCAUAGAGUGAGGAACAAAAUAUAUGGGAUCCUACUUAAGCAUGUAGAGAGGACUGCAAUGGCUUUUGAAAGUAGCAAGGUGCUCCGUUACAUCGUCGAUAACUAAAAUUUUAAAUAUCAGCUCAUAUUAAUAUUCAAACAGAAUCCCCUCUCUGUGCACGGAAAUUGUUUUGUUUUGUAUAUAUCAAUGUCGAAUUCUGUUUAUAUGAGGGAAGAUUUUACUGUA